UAAAAAAAGAAAAAUUACUUAGAGAAUAGUAGCUCAGACACUGAACAAAAACCCUCGUUCUUUCCCUUAUCAGUCUUAUGUGGCAGCCGUCGCUCUCCCUUUGUUUAUGUUGAUUUGUCGAAACUCAGCAGCACUCACAAACAGAUUUAAUAAAUAUCUAGGUUCAGCGUUGAAUUUUUACCGUGGAAUAACAACAGAAAUGGCUUCCGAAACUGGAAAAAGCUUUGUUCGGAGAGAUCGUCUUCGCGAAAUUGAAGUAAAUGUUCAGAAAUGGUGGGAAGAGAAACAAGUGUUCAAAUCCGAACCUGGUGAUAAACCACCCGAAGCUGGUGAAAAAUUCUUCGGUAAUUUCCCUUUCCCUUACAUGAACGGUUACUUACAUUUAGGUCAUGCUUUUUCCCUUUCGAAAUUGGAAUUCGCCGCCGCGUUUCACCGUCUCCGUGGCGCAAAUGUGCUUCUCCCUUUCGCUUUUCAUUGUACUGGUAUGCCAAUUAAAGCUUCUGCUGAUAAGUUAGCUAGAGAAAUUCAACAAUUUGGUAAUCCACCGGUUUUUCCGACUGAGGAACAAGAGAGUGUUGUUGCUGUUGUUGAGAGUGGCGGUAAUGGUGGUGAUGAAAAUGUAGCUCCUGAUAAAUUCAAAGGGAAGAAAUCUAAGGUUGCUGCAAAAUCGAGUGGGCAGGUUUACCAAUGGGAGAUUUUGAGGAGUGUUGGUAUAUCCGAUGACGAGAUUUCGAAGUUUCAAGAUCCUUAUAAGUGGUUGUCUUAUUUUCCGCCAUUAGCUAUCGAGGAUCUUAAGGCUUUUGGUUUAGGUUGUGAUUGGAGAAGGUCGUUUAUAACGACUGAUAUGAAUCCUUAUUUCGAUUCCUUUGUUAGGUGGCAAAUGAGGAAAUUGAAGUCAUUGGGGAAAGUUGUUAAGGAUGUUAGGUACACUGUUUUUUCGCCUUUGGAUGGACAACCAUGUGCUGAUCAUGAUAGAGCUAGUGGUGAGGGUGUUCAGCCUCAAGAGUAUACGAUUAUUAAGAUGGAGUUGGUAUCGCCUUUUCCUGAGAAGUUUAAGGUUCUUGAAGGGAAGAAGGUUUUUCUUGCGGCUGCGACGUUGAGACCUGAGACUAUGUAUGGUCAAACAAAUGCUUGGGUUUUGCCUGAUGGGAAAUAUGGUGCUUUUGAAAUUAAUGAAACGGAGGUAUUUGUUCUAGCGCAUAGGGCUGCCCUUAACCUUGCUUACCAGAAUCACUCUAGGGUGCCUCAGAAACCCACUUGCUUGCUUGAGGUUACGGGUCAAGAUUUGAUUGGGCUUCAGUUGAAAUCUCCGCUUUCGUUUAAUGAGAUAAUAUAUGCACUUCCUAUGCUGUCUAUUUUGAUGGAUAAAGGUACCGGGAUUGUGACUAGUGUACCUAGCGAUGCUCCUGAUGACUACAUGGCUUUGCAUGAUUUGAAGUCGAAACCAGCUUUUAGGGCCAAGUAUGGUAUUAAAGAUGAAUGGGUGUUGCCGUUUGAGAUUGUGCCUAUCAUUGAAGUUCCACAGUUUGGGAAUAAGUGCGCUGAGACGGUUUGCUUGCAGAUGAAAAUCAAAAGUCAGAAUGAGAAAGAAAAGCUUGCAGAAGCUAAGAAACAAACGUACUUGAAAGGAUUCACUGAAGGAACUAUGAUUGUUGGAGAAUUUUCCGGGAAGAAAGUUCAGGAAGCUAAGCCCUUGAUUAGGAGCAAGCUUUUGGAAACAGGUCAAGCUAUUGUGUAUAGUGAGCCAGAGAAGCGGGUGAUGUCAAGAUCUGGUGAUGAAUGUGUUGUAGCUUUGACAGAUCAGUGGUAUAUUACAUACGGGGAAUCAGAAUGGAAGGAAUUAGCUGAUGAAUGCCUGUCUAACAUGAGCUUGUAUUCCGAUGAGACACGGCAUGGAUUUGAGCAUACUUUAGGCUGGUUGAACCAGUGGGCUUGCUCACGAUCCUUUGGUCUUGGGACACGCAUACCAUGGGACGAACAAUUCCUAGUUGAGUCUUUAUCAGAUUCCACCAUUUACAUGGCUUAUUACACCAUUGCGCACUAUUUGCAGAACGGUGACAUGUAUGGAUCUAGUGAAUCAUCAAUCAAACCUCAACAACUGACUGAUGAUGUCUGGGACUAUAUUUUCUAUGGUGGACCUUUCCCUAAGUCCACUGAUAUUUCAUCAUCCCUUUUAGAAAAAAUGAAGCUUGAGUUUGAGUACUGGUAUCCAUUUGAUCUUCGGGUUUCUGGUAAAGAUCUCAUCCAAAAUCAUCUUACCUUUUGCAUUUACAACCAUACUGCACUUUUCCCUAAGCGUCAGUGGCCUCGUGGGUUUAGAUGCAAUGGCCACAUAAUGCUCAAUUCUGAGAAAAUGUCCAAGUCCACUGGAAAUUUCAGAACUAUUCGUCAAGCAAUUGAGGAGUUUUCUGCUGAUGCUACACGGUUCUCUUUGGCUGAUGCUGGUGACGGCGUUGAUGAUGCAAAUUUUGUCUUUGAGACAGCAAAUGCAGCAAUUCUCAGGCUCACCAAAGAGCUUACAUGGUGUGAAGAGCAACUGGCUGCAGAAUCUUCUAUGAGAACUGGUCCCCCAUCUACUUAUGCUGAUCAUGUGUUUGCAAAUGAAAUUAACAUUGCCGUCAAAACAACUGAGCAAAAUUACUCCAACUAUAUGUUUCGAGAAGCCCUCAAGACUGGCUUUUAUGAUCUUCAGGCUGCUAGGGAUGAGUAUAGAUUGUCAUGUGGGGUUGGCGGUUUCAAUCGUGAUUUGGUGUGGCGGUUUAUGGAUGUGCAGACACGUCUUCUAGCACCUAUCUGUCCACAUUAUGCAGAGUUUAUUUGGAGAGAGCUUUUGAAGAAGGAUGGUUUUGUGGUGAAGGCAGGCUGGCCAGCAGCUGAUGCUCCUGACCUUACACUAAAGAGUGCCAACAAAUAUCUGCAGGAUUCUAUUGUUCUGAUAAGGAAGUUGCUUCAGAAGCAGCUAUCAGGCUCAAAGAAAGGAAAUAAGAAAGGUGCUCCAGUUGUAUCACCGGCAGAAACCAAGUUAACAUGCUUGAUAUUUAUAAAUGAACAGUUUGACGGUUGGAAAGCCGAGUGCCUGAGUAUUCUCAAGAACAAAUUUAACAGUGAAACUCGGACUUUUGCUCCAGAUUCAGAAAUAAUGGAUGCUUUACAGCAGAGUUCUGUGGGUCAAUCUUCUGAAUUUAAACGAACUCAAAAGCUAUGUAUGCCUUUCUUGAGGUUUAAGAAGGAUGAAGCGAUUGCACUUGGGGCUCAAGCCUUGGAUUUGAGAUUGCCAUUUGGUGAAAUUGAGGUUCUUCGGGAAAACAUUGACUUGAUCAAGAGACAGAUAGAUCCAAAAGUUGUGGAAGAUGUUGAAAUUUUAUCUGCAGCAGAUGCUGAUUCUGUGGCUAAAGCUGGACCUCAUGCAUCUCUACUAAAUCAAAAUCCUCCAUCCCCAGGAAGUCCAACUGCCAUCUUCUUACCUAAGUAGCUUUUGGGAUCUCUUCAAAAUGAAGAUGUGAAUCUUAAAGCUAAAGAUUGGAAUUGCAAAGGGCAAGUUUGUCUCUUGUCCGAAAUCCUUGUGAGAACACAUGCUGAAGCUUUCGAACACUGUAUCUUUAUGAAAAAAGCUAGUGCAUUUACGUGUAUUAAGAUCUUAGUACACUUGCAUUAGACUGGCCAGAUUAAUUUAUGAUGCUUUAUUUUCAGCUAACCAUUUUGUAUCCAUUAGAUGUUUUUAUUUUUAGUUUUGUUUUGUUUACUGGUGUGUGCUGUCAGGAAGGUUGCUUGAAAUUUUGUAGUUUGAAGUUGAUUUUUAAAUUUGAGAAAUUUUUGUUAUAA